GCCUCCUCGCCAAGGCGCCCUUCUCGCCCCGCCCCUUUUCGAACCCUGCCAGCCCCUCCCAUUUAGAACCUAAACCUUGGACCCCCGCCUCUUUAGAACCCCUAGACUGGGUGCUGGCCCCGUCCCCUCCUCACAUCAUCAGAGACCAAUGCCGUGGACGAGUGCAAAAGUGGGGGAUACCCUCUGGAUCCAUAAAACAUGGGGGCUGGGGGGCUGUUCGCGGGCGCCGCUGCCGGGCUCUAGGACCCAGCGGGCAAGCACGCCCGCCUCGCUCUUCCCCCUCCCCCAGGCCGCCCCCUCCCCCCGCACCCGUCCUCCAGGUCCCCCCUCCCUCCCCCCUCGCCCCGGCUCCCGGUGCCCGUCUCCAACGCCGCCGGAGACAGCGAGGGAGCCGGAGCGAACAGGAGGAGGAGGAGGAGGCCGCGUCGCCGCCGCUCGGAGCCCGGCCGGAGCCUCCCAGACUACCUUGGAGUGUACCUUGAGGCCAGGCCUGGUCUACAACAAGGUGAACCCCAUCUUCCACCACUGGAGCCUGGGCGACUGCAAGUUUGGGCUGACGUUUCAGAGUCCCGCUGAGGCCGAUGAGUUCCAGAAGAGCCUGCUGGCUGCGCUGGCCGCACUGGGUCGAGGCUCGCUCACCCCCUCCUCCUCCUCCUCCUCCUCCUCUCCUUCCCAGGACACCGCAGAGACCCCCUGCCCGCUGACGUCCCACGUGGACAGCGACUCCUCCUCCAGCCACAGCCGCCAGGAGACGCCUCCUUCCGCCGCCUCGGCUGCCCCCAUCGUCACGGUGGACUCAGCUUCUGGUUUCGGGCCAGCCACGCCUCCCCAGCGCCGCCGCUCCUCGGCUCAGAGCUACCCUCCACUUCUACCGUUCACAGGGAUUCCAGAGCCCUCAGAGUCCCCGGCCGGGGCAGGGGGCCCGGGCUGGGGCGGCCGUGGCUACGAGGAUUACAGGCGCUCUGGGCCGCCUGCGCCCCUCGCCCUAUCCACCUGCGUCGUGCGCUUCGCCAAGACCGGUGCGUUGAGGGGUGCAGCCCUGGGGCCCCCAGCAGCACUUCCCGCCCCUCUGGCCGAGGCUGCGCCCCCAGCACCUCCGGCUCGCCCACCGCCGGGCCCCGGCCCCGCCCCCGCGCCGGCCAAGGCCUCCCCAGAGACCGAGGAGGCAGCUCGCUGCGUGCACUGCCGGGCGCUCUUCCGCCGCCGUGCGGACGGGCGUGGGGGUCGCUGUGCGGAGGCCCCGGACCCGGGUCGCCUACUGGUGCGCCGUCUCAGCUGCCUGUGGUGCGCCGAGAGCUUGCUCUACCACUGCCUGUCGGACGCCGAGGGCGACUUCUCGGACCCAUGCGCCUGCGAGCCGGGCCACCCACGCCCCGCCGCGCGCUGGGCCGCGCUGGCCGCGCUCUCCUUGGCGGUGCCCUGUCUGUGCUGCUACGCGCCCCUGCGCGCCUGCCACUGGGUCGCGGCGCGAUGCGGUUGCGCUGGCUGCGGGGGUCGCCACGAAGAGGCUGCACGGUGAGGAUGGCCUGGAAGGUCCGGUAACCGGACCCGGGACCCGGAAUUGAGGGUCCAGGACCCCGGACUCAGUUCGGACCUAAAACGCAAACCUAGGCACAUCUGGAACUUGGAGCUUGAGUUUGGAUUGAGAGAUCCCAGACCCGGAAUCUGGACCCCAAACCUAGGAUUGUGCGGCUCCAGACCCGGCUUCGUUGGGACGUCGGUCUCAAGAGGUCUCAGGCGUCCUGAGUUCUGGCGUCCCCCUCCCCACCCCCAGGAGACACGCGGAUCUCCAGACUGCAUCGCAGAGGGCCCCGGGGACACAAGGAGCCCUGACAGAUGCAGGGCCCUUGAACCCUGAACCCCCGUCCAAAGCUCAGAUUAUAGCCCCAGAAUUAGUCUGGA